CCCAGUUAAGGAUCUCCAGCGCCAAGCCGGCUUCUAAGCAAAGCACGCGCACCAAAGCGCAUCUUUUCUUUCCUCUCUCUCUCUCUCUCUUCCUCCUCCUGCGCAGCGUCGACGCCUUGUGCCCGGCGCGUCUGCCCGCUGCUUUUCGCCUCUCCCUCCUCCGCGCUCGCUGCAAAUGGAUGUUCCCACCAGCCAGUGCAAAAAAGUCAAGCUGAGCAACAAAGUGCAGAGUUGGGGAAUGCAGAGAGCUACCAAUGUCACCUAUCAAGCCCACCAUGUCAGUAGAAAUAAGAGGGGUCAAGUGGUGGGGACAAGAAGUGGUUUUCGGGGCUGCACAGUCUGGCUAACAGGACUGUCUGGAGCUGGGAAGACCACAGUUAGCAUGGCAUUGGAGGAGUAUCUAGUAUGCCAUGGCAUUCCAUGCUAUACAUUGGAUGGUGACAAUAUCAGACAAGGCCUCAAUAAGAAUCUAGGCUUCUCACCAGAAGACAGGGAAGAAAAUGUCCGCCGGAUUGCUGAGGUUGCCAAGUUGUUUGCAGAUGCUGGCUUGGUGUGCAUCACUAGCUUUAUUUCUCCUUAUGCACAGGAUCGCAACAAUGCGAGACAAAUUCAUGAAGUGGCAAGUCUGCCUUUCUUUGAAGUGUUUGUGGAUGCUCCAUUGUACGUUUGUGAGCAGAGAGACGUGAAAGGCCUCUACAAAAAAGCUCGCGCUGGAGAAAUUAAAGGUUUUACUGGUAUUGACUCAGAGUAUGAGAAGCCUGAAGCCCCUGAGCUGGUACUCAAAACGGAUUCGUGUGAUGUCAAUGACUGCAUUCAACAGGUUGUGGAACUUCUGCAAGAGAGGGACAUUGUACCAGUGGAUGCUUCUUAUGAAGUUAAAGAGCUGUAUGUGCCUGAAAACAAACUUAAAUUGGCCAAAACAGAUGCAGAGACUUUACCGGCCCUGGAAAUAAAUAAGGUGGAUAUGCAGUGGGUGCAAGUUCUGGCAGAGGGUUGGGCGACUCCGCUUAAUGGCUUCAUGAGAGAGAGAGAAUACUUGCAGUGCCUUCAUUUUGACUGUCUACUGGAUGGGGGAAUUAUUAACCUAUCGGUACCUAUAGUGCUGACAGCUACCAAGGAAGACAAGGAGAGACUAGAUGGCUGCACUGCUUUUGCUCUGUUGUAUGAAGGUCGGCGUGUGGCCAUUGUCCGCAAUCCAGAGUUCUAUGAACACCGAAAAGAAGAGCGUUGUGCUAGACAGUGGGGGACAACUUGCAAGGAGCAUCCCUACAUCAAGAUGGUCAUGGAACAAGGAGACUGGCUUGUGGGUGGCGAUCUGCAAGUCCUUGAUCGUAUUUAUUGGAACGACGGCCUUGAUCAAUACCGUCUCACACCAGCUGAGCUAAAGCAAAAGUUUAAAGACAUGAAUGCUGAUGCUGUCUUCGCUUUCCAGUUACGCAACCCUGUGCACAAUGGACAUGCCCUGCUAAUGCAAGAUACCCACAAGCAGCUUUUGGGUCGAGGUUACAGGCGCCCAGUUCUGCUCUUGCAUCCUCUGGGUGGUUGGACGAAGGACGACGAUGUUCCUUUGAUGUGGCGAAUGAAGCAACAUGCAGCAGUGCUGGAGGAAGGAAUAUUGGAUCCAGAAACAACUGUGGUGGCCAUAUUUCCCUCUCCCAUGAUGUAUGCAGGGCCAACCGAGGUUCAGUGGCAUUGCAGGUCGAGGAUGGUAGCUGGAGCAAACUUCUACAUUGUGGGCCGAGAUCCUGCCGGCAUGCCUCACCCCGAGACUGGAAAAGAUCUCUAUGAUCCAACCCAUGGUGCCAAAGUGCUGACGAUGGCGCCAGGCUUGAUAACGUUGGAAAUCGUACCCUUCAGAGUGGCAGCAUAUAACAAGAAAAAGAAAUGCAUGGAUUACUAUGACUCGGAGCACUCUGAAGAUUUUGAAUUCAUUUCAGGAACUCGCAUGCGCAGACUGGCUCGAGAAGGGCAAAAUCCUCCUGAAGGUUUCAUGGCUCCUAAAGCAUGGACAGUGCUGACAGAGUAUUACAAAUCCUUGGAAAAAGCUUAGGCUGCUUAUUAACUGCAGAAGCAACCUUUGAGGCUUGAUUUAUUAACGAGAAGUGUGGGGGGAGGGACCACACAGUCACCGUUUGGCACUGCUUUGGGGAGUGUCUGUAAGGAAGUUUCCCCCUAAAAAACAGACCUUUUCUCCUUAACUUAGCAUCAUUUUCUGCUUGUCUUAUGGGUUCUAUUUCAUAUUGGCCCUAACAAACGGCUGGUUUUAAUGUCUUCUCUUUUAUUACAGUUAAUAUUUUUGCGGCAAGAUUUUUAAAUCUUGACUUUUUCAAAAAAAUAUUUUUAUGCUUCUGUGCCCUGCAGUUCUCCAUGUUGUUCCAACAUUUUUUUUCUUCCUUUCACACGAUUUAAUGUAGUUCAGAUUUGCUUUGUUUUUUUUGAGGAGGGGCGUUGUUCCAUAUUUUUGCUUUUCAUAGUUUACAGGAUAAAUAUGGCAAUCUUGAUUAUAUGAGCUAGACAUAGGUGCUAAAUGUAAUCAAAACGAAAUAGAUUUUUUUUAAA